GCACACGCAAAUUCCAAUUUGGUAGGGGGUAAUCAUGCAGCAUGGCACUUCUCUAUAGUAUAUAAUUGUUCAUCUCCACAACUCAAUUGUUGCAACCAAGUUAUAAUUAACUUGUUUUGAUUAACCUAUCCAAGAGAGAGCCAUGACCCUGAAACAUCUUAUAAUGAUGAUAUCUUUGCUCAUUGCUGUAAUGGCAAUUCCCCAAGCCCAUGCCCAGCUUGGUAUUCUGAAUGAUCUCCUGGGUUCUGUUAAUAUUCAAGGAACUGUUUCUUGCACUUCCAAUGACAAUAAUGUCGCAGCAGCAAUCCCAGGUUUUUCAAAUGCUCAAGUGCAACUGCAGUGUGGAGAAAAAGUGUUUUCUGAUGCAACAACUGAUGGUGAUGGAAUGUUUUCUAUGAUGGUGAAUCCCCUGCUCUAUGAUCUGUCUUCCCUGCUAAGUGGUUGCAACCUUGUGAUUCCUACACCACUCUCCAAAUGCAACUCCAACCUUCCUUCAAUUGGGGGACUGAUAUCAACCCUGCGUUAUGUUGGGCUCAGUCAUGUUGGGACUGAGACCAUAGCCAACAUGGAACCAUCGGGAUUUCAUUUCAAGCCCUCAGUUUAAGGCGUUACAGUUAAGGAGGACAAUGCCAUCACAAACUUAUAAUUAAAUAACAUCUUUGCCCUCCUCCCCCUUUUAUCACUUUUUUGUACUAAGUACUUGAAAUUGCCUCCUAUGCUAUGUCUGAAUUGGCAUUUGGAUAACUAAAGACCAUGUGUGUUUCUGUUUUUCCUUCA